AUGCCAGAUAUUUGUCAUACUCCACAACCACAAGUCCUUGCAUCAAACUUAAUAGGGUAUUUGACAGCCCCCUCUUUCACUUCAUAUUCCCCUCCCCCAGCAACUGUUACAGAACAAAACCUGGUGAAACUAGCCGUUGUUACUUUACCUUCAUUACUGUUUAAAAACUAUGCAAAUCACUGGAGUCAGACAGUAGUACAGGUUGCUUUAUCUGGCCAGCAGCUGAUGCUUGUUAGGCUUGACACUGUGGUGGCUGAGUAUUCAGGACUGCUUGUACAGCCUCAUAAGGCCAUAGUUGGAGCUAAUGCUUUUAAGCAUGAGAGUGAAUUCACCAGGUUUGUACUUUUAGCAACUCGUAAAAUUCUUAUUGACGCUGCACCUUUAACUAUUGAGAAUGUUGCCUAUUUGAAGCCCAUUUUUCUUGUUGCAAAUUGUGAUGAACUUGUGGAACAUGGAGCUACUGUUGGAGAAACACCUACAGCUGUGGUCUGGAAGUGCAAGUAUACGAUUGCAAUGUUGUCUGAUCCCUCAGCCGCCAUUUCGGUUGCUUUUGAUAAAGCCGGGGUCCUUGAGGAAAUCUGCAAUGGGAAAGGCUAUAUUGAUAUGUCAACUGUCGAUGCAGAUACAUCGGUAAAGAUUAGUGAGGGAGUUACAUCCAAGGGUGUGAGAUUUCUUGAAGGUCCUGUUUCCGGUAGCAAAAAGCCUGCGGAGGAUGGUCAAUUGAUUAUCCUAGCUGCUGGUGAGAAGGUAUAUACUCCGGGGAAUGCGCCUUAUGCUAGUGUGGAAAUUGAUGUGGUUUGUGAGCAAUUGGCAAAGUUUUUACCAGCAAGUAUUUCUUAUUGGCCUGAGCGCGCUUGGUCGAGUUGUUUGAUAUUAAAAUGUAUGCGUAUAUUGAAAUUGGAAAGUACAAAUAUUUAAAUGUAGUACCUGCACUUUGGUUUUGGGAUAUAUUAAAUAUAUAAAACAAUAGUUAUUGUUUUUAUAUUUGUU